AUGCUCGGAUUCGCGACCAGCUUCUUGCUGUGGACGGCAGCUCAUGCAGUCCCUACUAUAAAAUCAUCUCUCACCGUGAAAGUGCGCAAUGGAACUUACAUUGGAGCUCACCUUUCAGCCUAUAACCAGGAUUUAUUCCUGGGUAUACCCUAUGCUCAGCAGCCCGUAGGAAAUCUGCGAUUCACAGUGCCGCAGUCGCUCAAUACGAGCUGGGACGGUACGCGAGAUGCGAAAGAGUACUCAGAUAUUUGUGUGGGAUAUGGGACUGACUCAAUCUGGUACCCACGUUCAGAAGCUUGCCUCACCCUGAACGUGAUCCGGGGUUCAUCCACUGGCAAUGAUUCCAAGCUUCCAGUUGGGGUUUGGAUCCACGGUGGCGGUUUUUAUCAGGGCUCUGGAGCAGAUGAACGUUACAACAUGUCUGAAAUUGUUGCAAAUUCGUAUAAAAUCGAUAAACCCUUCAUCGCUGUCACUCUCAACUACCGACUGUCAGCAUGGGGUUUCCUAGCUUCAAGCCAGAUCUCCGGCAGUGGUAACACCAAUCUUGGAUUAAGAGACCAGAGACUAGCCCUUCAAUGGGUACAGGAAAAUAUUGCUGCCUUUGGCGGCGACCCCGAGAAGGUCACCAUCUGGGGAGAGUCUGCGGGUGCCAUUUCUGUGGGAUUUCAUCUCACAGCAUUUGGUGGACGAGAUGACAAGCUGUUCCGAGCUGGUAUUAUGGAGUCUGGAGGAUCUAUAGCCGCCCAGGCAGGGAAUUAUACAUCUUCCCAAGCAGACUACGACGAGAUAGCCUCUAAAGUAGGCUGUUCAAACAUGAUUGAUUCAUUGCAGUGUCUUCGCGAAGUGCCAUUUGAGAAACUCAACGCAAUUCUGAACGGCACAGAUGGAACGUCUGACUAUAACUUCUGGCCAAUGGUGGAUGGGGAUAUCAUUCGGAACUGGGGUAGCUUUCAACUGGACCAGCAUGCAUUUGUGAAAGUCCCAAUCAUUGCCGGUACCAAUACAGAUGAAGGCACGGCAUUCGGGCCAACUGGAAUCAACACAACGGAUGAAUGGUAUGAAUACUUGACCACUGGUGAUUUCAAUUUCCAAACACCCACCGCUAUAGCCAAGCGCAUUCUCAACCUCUACCCCGACGACCCAUCCCAGGGCAUUCCGGCAUACCUAGGGGAUAAACGUGUGCCUUCAAACGGCUACGAAUGGCGCCGUACAUCGGCCUUCGCAGGCGACUGGACGAUGCACGCUAACCGUCGACGGCAAUGCGAAGCGUGGGCCGAAACAUCGACCCCAGCCUAUUGCUACCGGUUCAAUGCCCACUCAGCAGACGUGCCUCUUCUGUCGGGCGUGACUCAUUUCGAAGAGGUGUCGUUUGUGUUUCAUAACAUUGCUGGGCAGGGAUAUCACUACGGCAAGCCGUUUGCCGGUGUGCCACAGUCAAAUAUUGACCUCAGCUCUAUGAUGGCUAGCAUGUGGGCAUCUUUCAUCCAUAAUUUGGAUCCCAAUCCGGGUAUUGUGAACAAGUCUGUGCAAUGGGAUGCUUAUUCCAACAGCAAGCCUGUGGAUCUUGUACUCGAUGCUAACAAUACCAGCCAUAUGGAGGCUGACACCUGGCGCAAGGAUGAAAUCGACUUUAUCAAUUCAGUUGCGCAGGCUUUCUGGCGGUAG